AUAUAAUAUACGACAUGUAUUAUGUAUAUAUAUUUUUCUACCAACACUACAAACAUAUGAGAUCAUUUGAUUUAAAAAAUACACGUUUUAGGUAAAGAGAAAGAGUCGUUUUUAGCGGUUGAUCAGGCAUUCCCCUCAGCCGCCUCCUUCAUUGCCUUUUCAGUCAAGAUGGCGGGUGACGAGUCUGGUACAACGCUGGGUCAGCCGCAUCUGGCUAGACAAGACCUUAGUUCUCUGGAUGUGUCUACUUUGACACCUCUCUCUCAGGAGAUUAUUAGCAGACAGGCCACAAUCAAUAUAGGCACUAUUGGUCAUGUGGCCCACGGAAAGUCCACAGUAGUGAAGGCCAUCUCUGGUGUCCACACUGUUAGAUUCAAGAACGAGCUUGAGAGGAACAUCACCAUCAAGCUAGGAUAUGCUAACGCUAAGGUCUAUAAACUGGACGACCCCAGCUGUCCCAGGCCGGAGUGCUACAGGUCGUGUGGCAGCAGCACACCUGAUGAGUUCCCCUCAGACAUCCCCGGCACCAAGGGCGUCUUCAAACUGGUCAGACAUGUGUCAUUUGUUGACUGUCCCGGCCACGACAUUUUGAUGGCAACCAUGUUGAACGGAGCCGCCGUCAUGGACGCAGCUCUCCUGCUAAUUGCUGGUAACGAGUCGUGUCCUCAGCCCCAGACUUCAGAGCAUCUUGCUGCUAUCGAGAUCAUGAAGCUGAAGCACAUCCUGAUCCUGCAGAACAAGAUUGAUCUGGUGAAGGAGAGCCAGGCCAAAGAGCAGUACGAGCAGAUCCUUGCCUUCGUACAAGGCACCGUGGCAGAGGGGGCUCCCAUCAUUCCUAUCUCAGCUCAGCUGAAGUACAACAUCGAGGUGGUUUGCGAAUACAUCGUCAAAAAGAUCCCAGUGCCCAUCAGAGACUUCACCUCUGAACCCAGACUCAUCGUUAUCAGAUCUUUUGAUGUCAACAAACCCGGCUGUGAGGUGGAUGAUUUGAAAGGAGGUGUUGCUGGAGGAAGUAUCCUGAAGGGUGUGCUCAAGGUGGGUCAGGAGAUUGAGGUUCGACCCGGCAUCGUGUCCAAAGACCACGAGGGAAAGCUGAUGUGCAAACCCAUCUUCUCCAAGAUCGUCUCUCUGUUUGCAGAGCACAACGACCUGCAGUACGCUGCACCUGGAGGCCUUAUCGGUGUGGGCACUAAGAUCGACCCCACCCUGUGCCGAGCGGAUCGUAUGGUGGGUCAGGUGCUGGGUGCAGUCGGAGCGCUGCCAGAAAUCUUCACCGAGCUUGAGAUUUCCUACUUCCUGCUCAGGAGGCUGCUGGGUGUCCGCACGGAGGGAGACAAGAAGGCUGCCAAGGUCCAGAAGCUGUCUAAGAACGAGGUUCUGAUGGUGAACAUCGGCUCGUUGUCAACGGGAGGACGUGUUAGCGCUGUGAAGGCUGAUCUGGCCAAGAUUGUCCUCACCAACCCUGUCUGCACAGAGGUCGGAGAGAAGAUCGCUCUGAGCCGACGUGUGGAGAAACAUUGGCGUCUGAUUGGAUGGGGGCAGAUCAGGAGGGGCGUGACCAUCACACCCACAGUGGACGACGACUGAGGAUAGAUUUAAACAAAACGGAGCUUCACCACAACCAUCACACUCUUCUUGGCUUUUUGUUUCUUUUUUAUUUUAUUUUUUCCACGAGGAGAAAGGAAGGAGAACAGGACAUGUCAGUGUUUUAAAGACUUCUCCUCCCUCUGCUCCUUUUUUUCAGCAGAAACACGAGGAGGUCCAGUUUACUUUCUUCCUGUUUUUUUUUAUACUGCAGAAGAAAAGGAGAAGAGAAGGAGAGUAAGCUCUUUAAACUCAUAAUACCAAACCUCCAGAGAAAGCUUGCUGCAUUCAGAGACCUGGAGGUUCAUUCAGUGCAGAAAUGAUGCUGUACUGUCCACAGAUUUCAGUCCGAUAAUAAAAAUAAAUUUGGAAAGAAA